UAACCCGGAAGAGGUUGCGUUAAAGAGUUCUGGAGGCGCUGGUGUUGGCAGCCGAGACUUUGUCCGCGGCUGGGGCGCUAGGAUGAACGCCCCUCCUGCUUUUGAGUCGUUCUUGUUGUUCGAAGGCGAGAAGAAGAUCACCAUUAACAAGGACACCAAGGUACCCAAUGCCUGUUUGUUCACCAUCAACAAAGAAGAUCAUACACUAGGGAACAUUAUUAAAUCACAACGGGAAGACCCCUUGGCUAGAAGGCCUGGUAAGCUCCAAGGGCACUCGCCGGCCCACUCACGCGGCUUGUCCCUGUAUCUCAGACAGCUGUUGAAGGACCCACAGGUGCUGUUUGCUGGCUACAAAGUCCCCCACCCCUUGGAGCACAAGAUCAUCAUCCGUGUGCAGACCACGCCAGACUACAGCCCGCAGGAGGCCUUCACCAAUGCCAUCACAGACCUCAUUAGCGAGCUGUCCCUGCUGGAAGAGCGAUUCCGGGUGGCCAUCAAAGACAAGCAAGAAGGAAUUGAGUAGCGGGCUGGAAGCAGUCUGGGUUGGCCAGUUCUUACCCUGCACCAGCCCUUCUCCCGGCACCAAGUAGAAGACUGCAGCCUCUCACAGCUGUGGUCCUCUUUGGAGCUAUCCCAGAGAGCCCCUCACCCCGACACCGACGUGUCCUGUACAUAGAUUCUGUUUCACCUUCCUAAUAAAGUGUGGCUGGCAAAGCCCGGGAUGUGAGCUGAA